CGCAACGCGCCUCGAGAGAUAUUCGAUUCUCUCUCUACAGCAUAUCCUCUCUCUCUCUCUCUCUCUCUAAAAUUUUACACUCUCUCUCUAAGAUUUAAAGUUCUGACCGCGCGCCGUGCCUGAGAGCCCGGAAGAAGCCAUCGACUGAGUCCCAAAGGGGAAUAUUUUUUCCCCAAAUUUCGCGGCGUUUUCAAGGCAUCGUUUCCUCUGUGGAGACGCCAUUGCCUCCUGUCCUACUUCAAAUCCCAUUGUUUAUUGUGUGGCAUUCUCAUCCUGACAUUGGGGUAUUUUAGUUGAUUGUUUUUCCUUAUUGGAAGUGCUGAUUUCCUCGUAUCUAUCCGUUCCUGACGGUUAGAGAGAGGUUUUUCUGGGUAUUCUCGUCGGUUAGAGAGAGGUUUUUCACGGUUUAAAUGCCCUAGUUUCUGGUUGAUACUUGGCAGGGGUAGCACCUUUCAUUUGGGUUUUUGUGCUCUCUGUUUGAAGUGGAUUGUGCAACUUAAGGAUUUUGAGGAUGAGUGAGGCUUCUUCAGAUUGUGGGGUCGUUUCUUCUGAGAUUAAUUCUCAAAGUACAGAGGGGAAGGGGAAGAGGCUUUGGAAGAGGGUGAAGUAUCAGUUGGUUGAGUAUCAUUCUUUGCCUGGUUAUUUGAGGGACAAUGAGUAUAUCAUAGGUCAUUACAGGUCAGAGUGGCCAUUGAAGGAGAUCUUCCUCAGCAUCUUCACCAUUCAUAAUGAGACUCUCAAUGUGUGGACGCAUCUGAUUGGAUUUUUCUUAUUUCUUUCCCUCACGAUAUACACUGCUGUGAAGUUGCCGAAGGUUGUGGACCUCCACUCUUUGCCAAAUUUACCUGAUGUACUUAAGAGGGCUGAUCUUCACAAGGAACUUAUGCAUUGCCUUCCAUCUAUGCCCAACAUGCCUGCUUUACAAAGGUUGAGAAAUGAACUGAAGAGUGCUUUGCCCUCCAUGGAUUCACUUCCAUCUUUGUCCGGAUGGCACUUACUUGAACUUGUUAGGAACUGCUUGCCCGAGAGUUUGUACCAUGCAAACCAUACAGAUACAUGUGUUUUGACAAGCAUUAAAGACGACGUGGGGAAUAUGAUUGCACCUCUUCUGGUGAGACCCAUCACCCGAUGGCCCUUUUUCGCCUUCUUAGGUGGUGCCAUGUUUUGCCUCCUGGCAAGCAGUACAUGCCACCUUCUCUCUUGCCACUCUCGUCGUCUUGCUUACAUCAUGCUACGUCUUGAUUAUGCAGGCAUAGCCGCCCUUAUAGCCACCUCUUUCUACCCCCCUGUUUACUAUUCCUUCAUGUGUGAACCCUUCUUUCAAUACCUCUAUCUCAGCUCCAUUACCCUUUUGGGAGUGGCAACUGUUAUUUUCUCUCUCCUUCCAGUCUUUCAAAACCCGGAGUUUCGAACUAUUAGAGCUUGGCUUUUCUUUGGCAUGGGAGUUUCGGGUGUUGCACCGAUAUUACAUAAGCUGGUUGUUUAUGGAGACCAGCCAGAGGCAAUUCACACUACGGGUUAUGAGAUUUUGAUGGGAAUUUUCUAUGGCUUAGGGGCAUUGGUUUAUGCUACGAGAAUCCCAGAGAGAUGGAUGCCUGGAAAGUUUGAUAUUGCAGGCCAUAGCCAUCAGCUCUUUCAUGUUUUGGUGGUCGCCGGUGCGUACACGCAUUAUCAUGCCGGGCUUGUGUAUCUUAGAUGGAGGGAUAUGCAUGGGUGUCGGAGGUAGACCUCUCUCUCUUCCCCCCUCUUCUCCCCUUGCUCUGCCAAAAUGCAAGAGAGAUGAAAGUUUGGCAUGGUUAUAGUUAGUAGAAUGAAUAUAAUGGAAAAAUGUUCAAUAGAAGCUGGGGGAAAAAGGUCAUAGAAGUCAUGGUGUUGUAAAUGGAGAUGUCUAUGGGGUGAUCACUUGUCAAGUGUAUAUUUGCAGCCACUAUGUGGAUUGAGAUCAUUGUGACCGCAUUGGGAUUGUUGAAACUAAAUGCGGAUUUUUAUGUAAUUACCAUUUUUGUAUAUGAAUGAUCACAUUUUACUAUCUACACUUU